ACUUUAAAAAGAUCCUGCAAUACCUUUUUGUUUCGUUUAUCAUUACCAGACUUUACCAGGCUACAUUUGAGUUGUUUAUAUUUCUCUUUUGAAUGUUUGAAGUAUCUUGGUCUUUAUAUCAAAGUCCAUGUUGUCCUUUAAAGAUAAUAUCAAAUGUCAUCACAGGUCCACAAUGUUGUAUUACCUUGAUUUAGCUGCAAACUCAGGGUAUUGCUGUAAAAGCGCUCGAUGCUCUGUCUUUCCCCCGAUGGGCACAUGUGUCUCACCUGUAGAUGGCAGCAGCGCGCCUGACCCGCGCCCAAGCUUUCAUAAAAUAAGUAUAGACGUGAAGAAGAAGAGGCGGCGGAAAUACGUUGACGUAAUAACAAGAAGAAACAGAAAGUUCAACAACUUAGCAGGUAGUUUUAAACCAGACCUCGUGCUUGUUGCUGCUGUUUGUCGCAAGCAUGCAGACCGCAGGAGGCAUCGCUUAUCAGCCGUAUCCUCUGUUUGGAGGAGCGAUGUCAACUGUCAUCCCCCACAGCGCCACCGACAUCAGUGAACUGAGAGAAAUACCGGACAACCAGGAGGUGUUUGCUCACACACACACUGACCAGAGCCUCAUAGUGGAGCUGGUGGAGUACCAGGGUCAGGUGUCAGACCAGGACUCUGUCAGAUACCACUUUGAGGACAUCGCAGGCAGCAACAAAGCUCUGGAGCCUGGAGCUUUUGGAGUCACCAGUAUUGUGGCUUUGCCUCAAUCUGAGCUGUCGUUGUCGGAGUGCAGCUCAGCCUGGAUGCUGACUGGGACACAGUGCGUUUCCAAGUUCAACGAAGAGGUGAAGAAUGUGGUGACCCUUCACCUGGGUCUGUUUCGUCUGCCACAGUUCUCCACAGACAUCCUGAUCACCUUCAAUGACCCUCAGAGCAUCAGCCCUGACAGCAGCAGUGCCUCUGCUGCAGGAACACACAGAGCGCCGUGGACGGUGCAAGACUUCGAGCGCUUAAUGAAGACUCUGUCUCUGCAUAACCCUGGCCUGUUUGGAUAGAGCCACUGCUAUAAUACUCCCCUGAUUUAACUUUGUCUUUACCUGUGACUGCAUUUUGCUUGAGGCUUCUCGAAUAACUGACGCCCAUCCUCCCCUGUCAUGAGACAUACAGUAUGAGUACUUUUUCUGCUCAGCCUUUGAUGCCACUGCUUGUGAAUGAGUUGAAAACUAAAAAAAUCUCAGGAUGUGAGCAUAUCUGCACUAAAAUAAAUUUUAGAAAACAUUUUGACUCAUCCAAGUGAGACGUAUUCGCAAGUUGUUUGUGUUUCAAAAUAACUUCUACUGUGGGAUCUCCCUCUUUUUUCUUUUUUUUUUAACAAUUUGAUUCACCAAGUACAAAUACAUUAAAAAUAUAGGACAUGGGUAAUGUGACAUAGCAAGAGGAAGAAAUAAAUAAAUAAAGCAAAAGUAGAGGCAGAAUGAGGGGGAAAAAAAGGAAAAUACUAGUCAAAAGGGAGCAUCUCAGUUGUCUAUAGCAUCAUCAAACACAUCAAACAAAUGUGUGUGUGUGUAUAUAUAUAUAUAUAUAUAUAUAUAUAUAUUCCUCUCCCUUCCAGUUCAUAUUUUAUUUGACAUAUGUCUACAUUUUCCUUUUUUGUGGUAUUAACUAACAGGUAAUCAAAGGGUAAUUAAAUUGUGAAAUUUGUCCUGUAGAAUUGUAGGAAUUUAAACACAUUAGAAAAACAAGAUGAUAUGUGAUAUGUUUUAUGUGAAAGCAUGUACCCGAGAAAAAUGUCAGACAUGCAGACUUUCCAUUUCUGUUUGCCCACCACAUUCCCCUCUGUCCAGCCUUCUCCCACUCAUUUCCUAACUUAAGCCUUUCUUCUUUUCUUUUAUUACAAAAUACGGCCACCAUCCUCAGGUGUGUUUUCAUGCUUUCAGUGGUUCGGUCAUAAACACUAAAAAUUGAGAGCAGAAAUAUGUAUUAGUCAUCAUUUACUGCAUGUGGCUUCAUGGUGGAUUCAUUCAUUAGCAGGAAUCCUGGAAAGACGUUAGGACAUCUUAAUUUAAAGUAUGUUGAAAUAGAAAAUUUAUGGAUUGGAAAAUGUCCUUUAUUGGUUAUUGCAGUGAAGUAAAAUCCAUCUCUUUCAUAUUUCAUUUGCAUGUGCUGAUAAUUAGAGAAAAAUAGUUUACCUUGAGUCUUCUGUAAUAAAACUCAUCUCUUCAGUGGCAUUCAGUUACAGUUGCAUAACAAAUUCGAGGAAGCACAGUCUGUCUCUCCAAAGCCACAUCAAACCCUCUGGUCUAAUCAUGACCGAUUAAGAUCUCAUAAAGUCAGACAUCCUUUUCCUCUCAGCGAAGAGUUGAGCAGAUUCCUUCAUUAACCACAUCAUUUAAGUGUCACAACAACAAAGUCUCCCCCUGACUUCCUUGGACAAACAUGUUGUUGUUGGUUCUCUUUGUAAUAAAAUGUACAAACAUC